AUGGCGCUGAGCCGGAACUUCCGCACGACUUACUACAAAACGCUGGGCGUGCCUGUUGUCCAGCACAUUGUGGAUGUGGAUGCCUCAUUCGCAGCGCUACUCAGUGAGCGGGCGGUGAACGUGCCGCAGCUGCUGAAAUUGGCGCUAGAGCUAGGUAUCGCACCACAAUAUCGCUCACGAAUAUGGCUGUUGCUACUGGGAGUGCUGCCUCCGUAUCCUGGAAUCUGGAGCUUCGCAUUGAAGGAACGACGCGAUAUGUUUGAGGACGUCGUGGGGGCAGCUCAAGUUUUCCAGACUAAAGAUGCGACAGAGGAGAAGACCCGGUGA